AGACCAGUGAGUAUGCUUCCGUCAGCUUUGAGUAAAGAGUCACGUGGGCUGCACUUCUUAGUGUAUUGCACCUAUGAGCCUGUAAUACGUUGAAACGUUUCUAAAGCUCUUAUAAGGGCAGUCAGCUGUGAGCAAAGGUCAUGGAGUUUAACUGCAGCGUGGUGAACGAGACUGACCUCUAUCUCUUCGAGCAGGUGGUCUACACACCUGUGUUUGCCGUGGGCCUGCCCCUCAACAUCUCGGCCCUCUGCUUCUUCUUUCGGCUCCGCCACUGGACAAGCACUCACGUCUACAUGUUCAACCUAAUGCUUGCUGACUUCUUACUCAUCCUCUUCCUGCCCUUCCGGAUAUUUGACGCCUUCUUCCCCAAAUGCCCUUCAGAAUUCUGCACGUUCCUCACAUGCGUGCAUUACAGCAACAUGUAUGUUAGCAUCUUUACCAUCACUGCGAUUAGCGGCCACCGCUUCAUAGCCAUCAAGUUCCCUUUGCUGAACAAAGCUUUAAUGGCCAGGAAAAAGACUAUAGCAAAAAUUGUGUGCGUUCUCAUCUGGAUGACGGUGAUGUCAAUCUGCACAUUUUUCCUUGACAACUUGCGUAAAGACAAGUUGUAUUCAUGCUAUGUGCGCAAAGUGAAACUGCAGCUAUCUUUCUUGCUGGUUCUAGAGAUUGUUGGCUUUCUUUUGCCGAUAGCCAUCAUCACAAUUUGUUCCACACAAGCAAUCAGUACGAUUCUGAAAUCAACAGAGGCAGAGGAUAGGCUCCAGCGUUUUGAGAAGAAAGAUGUUACAGAAAGGAAAAGGAUAGUGGCCAUAAUCACAGCAAACAUGAUUGUUUUCAUAGUUUGCUUUACUCCCAUCCAUAUUGGUUAUCUGGUUAGGUAUCUUUCUCCAAUUAAGCUCGGAAAGGCUAACUUUAGAUCUGACUUUUAUGAAGUCUCUGCAUGGAUAGCAACAACCAACUGUUGCUUGGAUUCUGUGGGGUAUUACUUGUUGUUAAAAAAUGUUUUCAGAGCAAAGAGUUAGCCUGGCUUACUCAACAAUGUAUAAUACAGCUGUACUAGCAUGAAUCAGGAAUGAAAAUUGGCAUUAAAUUUUGUUUGGGCAUAUCUAUCAAUAGAUAUGCCCACCACAUGGAAAAGAAAGCAUGGUGGUGGCAGUUUACACAGUUUACAAGAGGGAAAAUAGGUAUUUACCAGUUCCUCUUGAAUGCAGCAUAGGACAAAUCAAAUGGAUAGAUAUUAUGAUGCUGUAGCUUAAAAUCACAGGAGACCCUUCUGGAUCUUAUUGGAACAUUACGACUCUCCUCUCUCCUCUCAUUAUCCUUAACACCCGUUGAAUUGAGUUCUGUUUUUGUAUCAUUUUAACUGUGUUUCCAAGUGUGCCUUAUUAGUUCUUCUGAUUUUUGACUUCGUUAAUGACUGGUUGAUGCAUUUGCCUGCAUUUUGCUUAUUUUGUGAUUCUAGCCUCUCAAAAUUAAUGCAGUAUUUAUUAUAAUACUACAAAAAAAUAACAAAGACAGUACAUUUUAGUUAAUUAGUUAAUUAGAACGUACGUUUUAUUACAAAUGAAAUAAUAAUGAACAAGAUAAUAUAACUGUGUUAAAUUUGAGGACAAAUGAACUGACUAUUCCACUGAAUGGACAGCUGAAAGAAUCAGCUCUUAUUUGUAAGCUGAGCCAGUUGACCUGAUAGAUCUUAUGUAGUUUAAAACACACAGAAGGUUGUUCUGAAAAGAGCCAGAGUGCCCAUCACUAUUCACUGGCCACUUUAUUUAGGCAGGACUAUAUCAGGUAUUUCCUUACCUUGAUUAUAGGUAAUAAAGAGCUGGGUGACAAAGUAAAGGAAAAAACAACUUAAAGUGUCUUAGGAAGAGGCUGGGCCACCAUGAACACGAUGAACACCAUGUCACUUAGCAUAGAUUCCAAAAUCUCCCAUAGGUGUGCAAUCAGGUCGAGAUCUGGGGACUGCGAGGGCCAUAGCAUAUGAUUGACAUCAUUUGCAAACCUUUCAGUGACCCCUUAUGCCCUGCGGAAGUUAGCAUUGUCAUCCUGGAAGAGACUAAGACAGAAAUGUUUCAUCAUAGAAAAAAGACAAUGAGUUAGAAUACCUGCCUAUUUGCAGUGACUCCUCUAGCCAACAAAAUGCCCCACAGCAUAACAGAGCUACCGGGCCUUCCUCCAGCUGUCGGGGUCAAGCAUUCAAGCAUGUAUCCUUCUGUUUUGGAGUAUGCCACAUAACAUCUAAUAUCUUUCCCACAUAUCUAAAUGCACAUAUCAUUUUAGUCACUGUUUCUAUUGACACACAAGCCAGUUGAGCAGUGUUUAUGACGAAAGGCUGUUCCUCUUGCCAUGUUGAUGAAAAACUGAGGUCAACUGGACCCACUCAGCAUUUUAAUACAUGACAGAGCAUUGUAGGACGUUAAUUGCUUAAGUGUAUCAUGCAGUCUGCAUCUGUACUCCUGUUGUUUCCUUUAAUAUGUCACCCCCUCUGUAGUUUGGCUGUGUACCAAACCAUUACAUAGCUAUGAGCACCUAACUAUACGUAAGGUGACAAAGCGAGGAGCUAAGUACUCAAAGAUGGCCAUAUUAGCUGAUCUUUUGGUGGCCAUGAUGGUCAUAGCUUCUUUGCAUGUGCACGUUAAUGAGGCUGCAUGAAUACUAGGUAAGAAUGAAUGUAUCCCUUGUGGUUUGUUAUGGUUUAUACAUAAACUUUAUCAAAUUUACAGUUCUAUGCAAGUUUGAAUGUCUUGUGUCGAAUUACUUUCAUUUAAAAUCAUUUCUAAAGAUUUUUUUCUGCACAUUUUAAUGCACAAUUAU